GGGCUGGGAGCGGUUGGAGCCGACGGCGGCGCGCGCGGGUCGGUUAAACCUGCGCACCGGCGGCGGCGGCGCGAGCUUCGUGUGUGUGUUCCCCCGCGCCACACAGGGCUGGGCCUGCGGAACCCCCGACCGCAAUCAUGAGUGAUCGAAAGGCAGUGAUCAAGAAUGCGGACAUGUCAGAAGAGAUGCAGCAAGAUGCUGUGGAGUGUGCAACUCAGGCCUUAGGGAAGUACAACAUUGAGAAGGACAUUUCUGCUCACAUAAAGAAGGAGUUUGACAAGAAAUACGGUCCCACUUGGCACUGCAUCGUGGGAAGGAACUUUGGCAGCUACGUGACUCAUGAGACCAAGCACUUCAUCUACUUCUACCUCGGCCAAGUUGCUAUUCUUCUUUUCAAGUCUGGUUAGAACCAUGGACUGUUAUUGACACUUCCACCCGGUUACGGGACAGUGUGCUGACUCCUGACUAGUUACCACGGCCUUCCUGAGGACACAGACCUUGAUCUUCAAGGUCAAUGGCAGGGAUUUAUGCUAUAGCAGAUGAUGUUACAUUGUGGAUAUAAAAAGGAAAACUACCAAAAAGUUUUCCUUGUAUUUAUUUUUUCCCCAAAGGCUGCUGCUUUGUUAGUAGAGCUCUUGCAGCAGUUUUGCCUUUAAGAGAUUUUUAGCCAUAUACAGUAUUUCUCAGUUACUGCGUGUGCUGUGCUAAGUACUCACACUGUUCAGUUCUUUGUUCCAAACCUGUUAUUCUUCCAGUGUCUGUUUUUGAUGUUGUUUUCCCCUCUUCUUUUGCUGGCUGUUCAGUUCCAAAGCCUGAGCUGUUCCUUUUUCUGCUGUUGCUCCUCGGAGAACUGCUUUGGACAAUAAAGGACAGGGCCUGUCCCA